AUGAAAAUCGCGCCCAGCCGCUGCGUAGAGGUUCGUCGUCGAUCGAGCUGCGUCCCCCUCCAGCUCGAGGGUUUCCUGCACAAGGCCACCAGCUUUGAGUUUAACUUCAGGACGGAUCGGUGGAAGACGUCGAACGUGCUGCUCGAGUUUGUCAAUCGCCUGAAGCUGAAUGACCUGUGCAACGGCUGCGGUGAAAGUAUCUGA